AGGGGUCUGCGGGGUGUCUGUUCGCUGGGGGGGGGUCCAGAGUGUCUCUGCUCAUCUCUCUCCUCGUGUCUUUCUCCUUUUAGUUCCCUUUCACCACGUUUUUUUCCUGCCUGUCAUCGCUUGUGAUUAUUUUUUCCACCCCUUACAGCUGAAUGCCAGCUUGCCUUCCGGUUUCGCUGCCGACCACGGACUCCAGAGCCCUUCUCUAUUUCAUAAUUUGUAUUAUUAGCACAUCUGUACCUUGAAUGCUCCGGUCAGAUCAGCUCUUAACUUUAUUUUUUUUAACUGAAAAUGUUGCAGAAUCAGUUACUGGAAAUGAGGACAGACUCCUCUUCGCAGAGACUGAAAGGAUUAGAGCUGCUUUGUUCCCUGAGCUGACACACGAGAAGGGAGAUGACGGAUGGCUGCGUAGAGACUGACUUGAGCACCGGCAAGGGGGAAAACUCUGGAGGAGAGCUGCAACCAUCUCACCCGGAGCCUCGGUCCUCUGGAUAUCUCCGCUCCUCGCAGCGCAGGGGUGAAGCCAUGGAUUUCCCCCAGCACAGCAAGCAAGUCCUGGAACAGCUGAACCAGCAGCGGCAGCUGGGUUUGCUGUGCGACUGCACCUUCGUGGUGGACGGCAUCGACUUCAAGGCCCACAAAGCCGUGCUGGCGGCCUGCAGCGAGUAUUUCAGGAUGCUCUUCGUCGACCAGAAGGACGUGGUGCACCUCGACAUCAGCAACGCGGCAGGCCUGGGCCAGGUUUUGGAGUUCAUGUACACGGCUAAGCUAAGCCUAAACCCCGACAACGUGGAAGACGUGCUGGCCGUGGCGGGUUUCCUCCAAAUGCAGGAGAUCGUUAGCGCUUGCAACGCUCUCAAGUCCCUUGCUGUGCCGGCAGAAAGCCCCGCCAAGAGCCAGCAGCCCCCCGCCGGGAUCGGGGCCGACAAGGCGACUGUCGAGGGCAAGAGGUCGACUGCAGAAGCGCUGGGUGAUCUUGACAAAAUAAAACUGCUUCCUCCCGACCCGGAGGGGAAGGAGGAGACGCCCGUGGCCGCAGCGGCACAGCCCGAGGUGCAGACGGAGCAGCUGGGUGGCCAAGAAGGGGCAGAUGUUGCCAUCCAAGAGGGCCCCAACGCCGAAUUCCCCAUCCACCCGCAGCCGGCGGAGAGCGUGGUCAGCAGCGGCAGCCCCGCGGCGAAGGGCAACAUCCCUCCAGGCGCCGAAACGGGAGAGAUGGAGCUGGAAGGGAAGGAGGAAGAAGGGGGGAUGAUGGCGGAGGACAAAGGGGCAGAUGUUGCCAUCCAAGAGGGCCCCAACGCCGAAUUCCCCAUCCACCCGCAGCCGGCGGAGAGCGUGGUCAGCAGCGGCAGCCCCGCGGCGAAGGGCAACAUCCCUCCAGGCGCCGAAACGGGAGAGAUGGAGCUGGAAGGGAAGGAGGAAGAAGGGGGGAUGAUGGCGGAGGACAAAGAGGAGGCUAAAAUCCCCGAGGAAGAGCAGCCCCGGUUAGAAAACGGAGAAAACACCGAAGAUAACGAAUCGGGAAGCACCGACUCCGGGCAGGAGAACUUGGGUGAAACCCGUCUGCUGCGUUCGGGUACUUACAGCGACAGGACCGAGUCGAAAGCCUACGGCUCCGUCACGCACAAGUGCGAGGACUGCGGGAAGGAGUUCACCCACACCGGUAACUUCAAGCGGCACAUCCGUAUCCACACCGGCGAGAAACCCUUCUCCUGCAGGGAGUGUAACAAAGCCUUCUCCGACCCGGCUGCCUGCAAAGCCCACGAGAAGACGCACAGCCCGUUGAAGCCCUACGGCUGCGAGGAGUGCGGGAAGAGCUACCGCCUCAUCAGCCUGCUGAACCUCCACAAGAAACGGCACACGGGGGAGGCCAAAUACCGCUGCGACGACUGCGGCAAGCUCUUCACCACCUCCGGCAACCUCAAACGGCACCAGCUGGUCCACAGCGGGGAGAAACCGUACCAGUGCGACUACUGCGGGCGCUCCUUCUCCGACCCCACCUCUAAAAUGCGGCACCUGGAGACCCACGACACCAACAAGGAGCACAAGUGUCCCCACUGCGACAAAAAAUUCAACCAGGUGGGGAACUUGAAGGCUCACUUGAAGAUUCACAUCGCGGACGGGCCCCUGAAGUGUCGGGAGUGCGGCAAACAGUUCACCACUUCAGGCAACCUGAAACGGCACCUCCGGAUCCACAGCGGGGAGAAACCCUACGUCUGCGUCCACUGCCAGCGCCAGUUCGCCGACCCCGGGGCGCUGCAGCGACACGUCCGCAUCCACACCGGAGAGAAGCCGUGCCAGUGCUUGAUCUGCGGGAAAGCCUUCACCCAAGCGAGCUCCCUCAUCGCCCACGUGCGCCAGCACACGGGGGAGAAGCCCUACGUCUGCGAACGCUGCGGCAAGAGAAAGCCGUGCCUGUGCGACAAGUGCGGCCGGGGCUUCAACCGGGUGGACAACCUGCGUUCCCACGUGAAGACGGUGCACCAAGGCAAGGCGGGCAUCAAAAUCCUCGAGCCGGAGGAAGGCGACGAGGAAGGCGACGAGGUCAACAUCGUCACGGUGGCUUCCGAUGACAUGGUGACGCUGGCCACCGAGGCGCUGGCCGCCACCGCUGUCACGCAGCUCACGGGAGGCACAGAAACCCAAUACCAGUCCGCCUGCUGA